UGGAUCGGCCACCAGCAGCGCCCUCUAGUGGAGAGUGUAAACGCGGAAGUGCGCAGAGGGAGUGCCCCGGAUGGAGGAACUCCCUGGCGGCACGGCGUGGCGGAGGGAUACAUUUCACACACAUCCACACAGCAGACAGAACAAACAGCAUCGCUGCGCCCCGUAAACCGCUUCCGCCCUACAGAGUCUCACUCCGCUCUACAAACAACAUGGCCGACCAGCUGACAGAGGAACAAAUUGCAGAGUUUAAGGAGGCGUUUUCGCUGUUUGAUAAAGAUGGAGAUGGAACCAUCACCACUAAAGAGCUGGGAACAGUGAUGCGCUCUCUGGGACAAAACCCCACUGAGGCCGAGCUGCAGGACAUGAUCAACGAAGUGGAUGCUGAUGGAAAUGGAACAAUCGACUUCCCUGAGUUCUUAACUAUGAUGGCCAGGAAGAUGAAGGACACAGACAGUGAGGAGGAGAUCCGUGAGGCCUUCCGGGUUUUUGAUAAGGAUGGAAAUGGCUACAUCAGUGCUGCAGAACUACGUCACGUCAUGACAAACCUGGGUGAGAAGCUCACGGACGAGGAAGUGGAUGAGAUGAUCAGGGAAGCAGAUAUUGAUGGAGACGGUCAGGUGAACUACGAAGAAUUUGUACAGAUGAUGACCGCAAAGUGAAGCGUCCUGCAAUCUUAGAAGAAAAGUUUUAUUUACCUCUUAUGGAGAAAAAUACACUUAUUGAGAGAUGUUUCUGUACAGAAAAUGUUUGAAUGUUGAAAUGAAAACUUCAUCCUUCUGUCCACACAGAUAUCAAAUCCAACAAUCUGCAUGCAAUAGUUAGUACUCCCCCCAUCCCUGCAGACCCCCCCUCCCCCAAACACACACUCAAACCAACAAAUAACCUGCAGCUUCCUACACACUCUGCACACGUUACGCUCUGGUCACGUCUGAUCUCAUCAUCCCUCCAUUUCUUUUACCUGCAUGCAGAGUGACUGCGAGUUUCAUAAAACUCAUGACUUUUUUAUCUCAAGAUGAACAGCUACUGAUGUGUUUCUUAGGCAUGUGCUGAUAUGUACACACAGACACACACACACACACACACACACACACACACACUCUUAUAUAUAAAUUGAACUUAUUUAAAAUCUAAAUCAAAUCUAAAAGUCAGAACUGUUCCUCACAAUAAUAUCACACAUGCCUAAUGAAUAAUCUCUGAGGGAAAGGGACUGUUACUGUCUGCUCAAAAUCUUUUUUUAAAACUAAUAAAAAUAUGUUAAAGUCUUAAACAUUUGGCAUGAUUUAGGUUCCAGUGAUGUUUUUUUUUUUUGGUGUUCAUUUUUGCUUGGAUGAUCACCUUCCACUGUGGAGGAGAAUCGCAUGCAUUAUCAAUUAUUAUUAUUAUUAUUACUAAUAAAAAACACAUUUCCUUUGCUGAGUUCCGUUUACAUCCAUUCCAAGUUGUACAUGCUACAUUUUCUUUUUUUUCGAAAAUAAAAAAUCAUAAAUAA